CAACAACAGUUGGCAUUAAAAUGACCAUGCGUAGCGAAAACAGAGAUAAAUUGAUCCAUUGUGUAUCUUCUCCAAAUAAAUAGAACUUAAGUGAAAUGAUCAGCAUCACUUAAAUUACGACCGUUGCCACCUAAUAACAAAAAUGAAGUUACUGACGAUAAGUCUCACGAUACUUUCCUUUUUUUUGGACAAUGUCCACUCGUCUGGAAUUCUCUAUCCAAGAGCUUCCGAAACGCGCGAUUUAAUUAGUUUGGACGGUUUGUGGAAUUUUGCAUUGACAAACACCACUGACCCAAUGAGGGGUCAUUUAGACAAUUGGUUCCGUGUCAAUUUCAACACAAUUGAUCUUGAUGUUCAAAAAAUGCCGGUACCUUCGAGUUACAACGACGUUGGUACUGACGCCAGUCUUAGGGACCAUGUGGGGCCGGUUUGGUACCAGAGAAGUUUUUUUGUACCAAAGGGAUGGUCGGGACAAAAGGUUUGGAUUCGGUUUUCUUCAGUGUGUCGAGCGGCUGAAGUUUGGAUUAAUGACGAAUGGGUUGUGAGUCACGACAUUGGCCAUUUGCCGUUUCAAGCUGAAAUCUCCAAAAUUGUAAAUUUUGGGGCCGAAAAUACAAUCACAGUCACUGUUGAUAAUACGUUAACUGCGACCACAAUUCCACAGGGAAGUAUUUCAGAAUUGAUAAGUGGUCGAGUCAAGCAAAGUUACACGUUUGAUUUUUUUAAUUAUGCCGGAAUUGACCGUCCUGUGGUCCUCUACACCACUCCAGCGACUUACAUUGACGAUAUAACAGUCACUACAGACAUUGAUGGUGCUAAUGGUUUCGUCAAUUAUUCGGUUGUGGUCGAAGGUUCGGAUAAAGUGACCACGAAAGUGUCCCUUCUUGACAAAACUGGCAAAGAAGUCGUCUCAGACACUGUCCUAAACGGCAUUUUAUUCGUGCAAAACGCCACUUUUUGGUGGCCUUAUUUAAUGGACUCAAACCCCGGUUAUUUGUACUCGCUUCAAGUCCAACUUUUGGACGCUUCCAGCAAUUUGGUCGAUAAAUACACACUUCCAGUGGGAAUUCGCGUCAUUUCGUGGAACUCCACAAGUGUGACAAUCAACAAAAAACCGAUCUAUUUGCGAGGUUUUGGCCGCCACGAAGAUUCCGAUUUCAGAGGAAAAGGUUUAGACUUGCCUUUAAUAAUCAGAGAUUACAACUUGAUAAGGUGGAUCGGUGCCAAUGCUUAUCGCACUUCGCAUUAUCCAUACGCUGAGGAAAUUAUGGACCUGGCCGAGGAGUUCGGAAUUAUGAUUAUUGACGAAAGUCCAGCUGUUAAUACAGAAGGCUACUCGAACGAUUUGUUAGAGAAUCAUAAAAAAUCCCUAACUGAAUUGAUCCAAAGAGAUAAAAACCGGCCAAGUGUCAUAAUUUGGUCGGCUUCAAACGAACCAAGGACUCAAUACAACUCAUCAGAAGCGUACUACAAGGACGUUAUUUCCCAUAUUAAAAAUUUAGAUCCGACUAGACCCGUAACUGUCGUAAAUGCCCAACAACCAGACGUUGACCAUUCUGGACAAUUUCUCGACAUUGCGUCGUUUAAUUUGUACUCCGGGUGGUACAUAAGUCCAGGCGAUGUCGAUAUUAUCAUACCACAUGUCCUGGAAGUUGCAAGGCGAUGGAACAAACUCCACAAUGUUCCGGUCAUUAUAACGGAAUAUGGGGCCGACACACAGGAAGGUUUACACAUUUUGCCCUCAUUUAUCUGGUCGGAAGAAUACCAAGAGGAGAUUCUCAGCAAGCACUUCCAAGCUUUUGAUCAAUUGAGAGACGAAGGUUUUUUUGUUGGGGAAAUGAUUUGGAAUUUCGCCGACUUCAAGACCGAUCAAACUUAUACUCGAGUCGGGGGAAACAAGAAGGGGAUUUUUACCAGAAAUCGUGAGCCCAAAGCUAGUGCCCACUUGCUCAGAAAGCGCUAUUGGGCUCUUGCCCAAAAUUUAGACAACGCCAAAGUUCCCGACGAUCUCAAUUACUAUAUUUUUGGGACUGGGAAAGACGAAUUGUAAAUCACAACUUAAUUUUUUUGAAGAUUUUUCGUCUAAUUAAUUCAAAAAUGUGCCAACACGUGGACUAGACACUUUAUUGCUGUUUCAUGUUGUAACAACUAAUAAAAUGUUAUUGCUGAAUGAAUAUUCAAUAAAAUCACGUUACAUCAU